AUGCCCACCUCCGUUGUGACCAAAGUGUCGUCCGACGGCUCCGUCACUCUCACUCUCAUUAAGAUUAUCACCAACAAUCGCACAUUUACCGAGGAGGUCACCGCCACCACCGUCGAGACCCUUCCCGAGACGUCGCGCGAGACCGAGGUCAUCACUACCACCGUGCCAAGGUUCGUCACCUUCACCACCACGUCCAGCGGUACGCCUGUCGUUGAGACCAGCACGUCUAAGCUUCUCACCACCGAGACCAUCACCACCGACGUCCCCAUCCUCACCACCGAGACGGAGCUCAUCACCGACGACAACGUCGACGGCAGCGGCUUCAACCCGCUCUUCCGUAACGCCGCUGCCGGCUUCCUGUUCGCCUGCCAGGCCGGCCGCUACCGCUUCAACUCGCCGUACGCUAACGACAUCACGCUAUUGUGGUUCAGCGACGCCGCGCACAGCGGGUACGAGCGCGCCGACACGGACACUGUGCGGGUGUACUACGGGGAUAAUGAGGAAAGGGACGUAUACAGGGACUUGGAGGCGGGCACGUACUACCUGAUCAGGGUGCUCUGGGAGAAUGCGGGGGGCGCGUUGGACCUCUCGAUGAGGAUCUACGGGCCGGAUGGCGGGAUGUGA